AAACCAAAUCUUCAAUAAGUAUAAAUCUAAACAAUGUUGAGCCAGAGGAACCUGCUGAGGAGGCAGAAGAAAUAAAACAGCAAAUUGCAGAAGACUCAUUCUGUGCUGAUGUCCAGGUGCAAACUUCCUAUGUCGAAAUACCACCAGGAAAUAGGUGGCGUUGGUUGCGAUUACAAACAGAAGCUCAGGUGCAAACCUCAAAUCUUGAACUACCAGACGAAGAGACUUUCCUCCCAUUUGAAAGUGAGGUCCAGGUACAAACCUCAGAGCUUGAAAUAUUAGAGGAGGAGACUUCAUUGCCAUCGCAAACGGAGGCCCAGGUGCAAACAUCACUUAUUGAAGUACUAGAUACGGAGAGUUUAUUCCCCAUCGAAAGUGAGCCCCUGGAGCAGACCCCAGAUCUUGACUUUCAAGACAUGCAGGUGAAGAAUUUAUUCCCAUUAUUUGUUGAAGUUGAAGUGCAAACCUCAUAUGUAGACAUACCAGCAGGGAAUAAGUGGCGUUCGACACGACUACAAGCCGAGGCCCAAGUGCAAACCUCAAAACAUGAAUUAUUAAAGACACUUUCUUCUCUCUCACAAAAGGAAGCCCAGGUGCAAACCUCCAAACUUUCAAUAACAGAAGCAGAGGAGGUGCCUCUUUUCCCAUCACUAACCGAGGCCCAGGUGCAAACUUCAAGACUUGCAUUAACAGAAACGGAGGAGGAGGUGGCCCCAUUCCCGGUAGAAGAAAAGCCUGUCCCCACAACUCAAAGUGAAGCUGCUGUGCAAACCUCGUAUGUGGACAUACCAGCAGGGAAUAAGUGGCGUUCGACACGACUACAAGCCGAGGCCCAAGUGCAAACCUCAAAUCAUGAAUUAUUAAAGACACUUUCUUCUCUCUCACAAAAGGAAGCCCAGGUGCAAACCUCCAAACUUUCAAUAACAGAAGCAGAGGAGGUGCCUCUUUUCCCAUCACUAACCGAGGCCCAGGUGCAAACUUCAAGACUUGCAUUAACAGAAACGGAGGAAGAGGUGGCCCCAUUCCCGGUAGAAGAAAAGCCUGUCCCCACAGCUCUAAGUGAAGCUGCUGUGCAAACCUCGUAUGUGGACAUACCAGCAGGGAAUAAGUGGCGUUCGACACGGCUACAAGCUGAGGCCCAGGUACAAACGUCAAGUAUUGAGUUACUGAAGAAGCUUUCUUCCCUCUUAGUAACUGAGACCCAGGUGCAAACGUCAAGUAUUGAGUUACUGAAGACGCUUUCUUCCCCAUCGCUAACCGAGGCCCAGGUGCAAACCUCUAAACUUGCAGUAACAGAAGCAGAGAAAGUGCCUCUUUCCUCCUCACUAACCGAGGCCCAGGUGCAAACCUCUGAACUUGCAGUAACAGAAGCAGAGGAGGUGCCUCUUUCCCCCUCACUAACCGAGGCCCAGGUGCAAACCUCCGAACUUGCAGUAACAGAAGCAGAGGAGGAGGAAGCCCCAUUCCCAAUAGAAGAAAAGCCUCUCACCAAAACCGUAGCUGACGCUGCUGUGCAAACCUCAUAUGUGGACAUACCAGCAGGGAAUAAAUGGCGUUCGACACGGCUACAAGCUGAGGCCCAAGUGCAAACCUCAGGUAUUAAGUUACUGAAAAAGCUUUCUUCCCUCUUAGUAAACAAGGCCCAGGUGCAAACGUCAAGUAUUGAGUUACUGAAGAAGCUUUCUUCCCCAUCACUAACCGAGGCCCAGGUGCAAACCUCCAAACUUGCAGUAACGGAAGCGGAGGAGGUGCCUCUUUCCCCCUCACUGACUGAGGCCCAGGUGCAAAACUCCGAACUUGCAAUAACAGAAGCAGAGGUGGAGGAAGCCCCAUUCCCAAUAGAAGAAAAGCCUCUCACCAAAACCGUAGCUGACGCUGCUGUGCAAACCUCAUAUGUGGACAUACCAGUAGGGAAUAAGUGGCGUUUGUCACGGCUACAAGCUGAGGCUCAGGUACAAACGUCAAGUAUUGAGUUACUAAAGAAGCUUUCUUCCCCAUCACUAACUGAGGCCCAGGUGAAAACGUCAAGUAUUGAGUUACCGAAGACGCUUUCUUCCCCAUCACUAACUGAGGCCCAGGUGCAAACGUCAAGUAUUGAGUUACCGAAGACGCUUUCUUCCCCAUUGCUAACCGAGACCCAGGUGCAAACCUCCAAACUUGCAGUAACAGAAGCAGAGGAGGUGCCUCUUUCCCCCGCACUGACUGAGGCCCAGGUGCAAACCUCUGAACUUGCAAUAACAGAAACGGAGGUGGAGGAAGCCUCAUUCCCAAUAGAAGAAAAGCCUCUCACCAAAACCGUAGCUGAAGCUGCUGUGCAAACCUCAUUUGUAGAUGUACCAGUAGGGAAUAAGUGGCGUUCGACACGGCUACAAGCUGAGGCCCAGGUGCAAACGUCAAGUAUUGAGUUACUGAAGACGCUUUCUUCCCCAUCGCUAACUGAGGCCCAGGUGCAAACCUCCAAACUUGCAGUAGCAGAAGCAGAGGAGGUACCUCUUUCCCCCUCACUAACCGUGGCCCAGGUGCAAACCUCCAAACUUGCAGUAACGGAAGUGGAGGAGAUGCCUCCUUCCCCCUCACUAACUGAGGUCGAGAUGCAAACCUCCAAACUUGCAGAAGCAGACGCAAAGAUGACCUUUCCUUCCCCAUCACAAACUGAGGUUCACAUCCAGUCUUCGUAUUUUGAAGUACCAGAGUUGGAGGAUGAGAUGCCCACAACCCCAAUCAAAGAGAAGCCCCUCCCCCUAACACUGAUGGAGGCCCAGGUGCAAACUUCAUAUGUAGACAUACCAGCAGGGAAUAAGUGGCGUUCAUCACGACUACAAGUGGAAGCCCUGGUGCAAACCUCCAGGCUUGAACUGCCAGAGGCAAAAGAGAAGGCUCCUUCCCUAUCCCAAACACAGGCUGAGAUGCAAACCACCAGGGUUGAAAUAACAGAAGAGAAAGCAGCACCUCUGACUCCUCCAGAUGUUAAAAUAUUAGAAGAGGAGACGCUGAAGGAGGAAGUAGAGCUGAAGCUUCCAUGCCCUGAAUAUACCGAGGCCCAGGUGCAGACCUCACUUGUUGAAAUACCUGUGGGGCAGAAGUGGCGUUCAUCCCGUUUAUGUACCGAGGCCCAGGUGCAAACUUCAUAUCAAGAACUCCCAGUUGUGAAGAGCAAGACUUUGCCCCCACAAGGUACUGGGGUGGUAAAGAAGGUCACUGAGCGUGCAGCAUCAAAGAAACUAGCAAAAACCUCGACACGAGCAACACCAAUAUCUGUGCACUUACAUGUAAAGAUGACUCCACGGCGCCGGAAUGGGAAUAAAAAGAACUAG